AAUUUAAUUGGGGUUUCAUUGCCAAAACUAAAGCUGUUGUAUCCAGGCCGCCUAAAAUCCGAAUCAAAGGUUUACUGCUGCCCCAAAAUAUUUGAUUACAGAAGACAAAUAACUAUUGAAUGAGCGCUCUGAAGAAGCCCAAGACGGAGGACGUAGAAAUCAUAGACGGCGACGGCGAACAAGCAGCAAACAAGGUGAAGAUGGCGGAGGAGGAGAACGGCUACCCAGAUAGCAGACAAGAGCAAGAAGAAGCCCUCGUUGCUCUGAUCGAGCAUCGCACCCGCGAAGUCCACCACCUCCGCAACCGCGUCUCCUAUUACAAAACUCAGCUUGGUGAAGCAGAGAAGAGGUUAACUGAUACUGAAAUUAAGUUGGCUCGACUUCGACGCCAAGACAGAGUAGGGUCAACUAGGAGUUCACCUGCUAGUGGAACGAAUAGUGUAAAGGUGGAGCGCAGAUCAACAAGUCCUAUCCAUUUAAAUGAAGGUUCUUCUAGACACCAGCAUCAAUCGAAAACAGAACUUUUCAUUCCUGCUGUCAGCCCAAAAGUUUCCCAUCCUACAACAGUGGCAAGGUCUAGUGGGAAAGCUCCAGUUAAUUCUAGUGCUCAAGCAAGUCCAUCUGUUUCUAGUCAGCCUGUUAGUGCUAACAGAAUGAAAGGGGACAAAUCUUAUAGAAAUUCUUCAAAGCAGGAAGUUGAAGUUCAAGACAAAGGGACAAAGCGGAAAUUUGAAAAGAAAGAACACAAAGAAUUAGUCCCAUUGGUUCACACUAGCUCUCAACCAUGUAAAAUCAACUGCUAUGCGAGCAGUCACAUCUCAAGUCAGCACAAGAGAAAGUUGAGAAGUCUUUCUUUGUGCCCAGUGAAUGAUCAGCUUUUUGUGACCAGUGCUUUAGAUGGAGUAGUCAACUUCUGGCAAGUUCAGUCCAAGGGGUCUAGUGCUUCUCGGCUUAGUUCUACUGAUUGUGUAUCCCCAAACAGGAGAUGGCCAGAAGAUAUUGCCUGGCAUCCUGAUGGAAACAGACUAUUUUCUGUGUAUAGUGCUGAUGGUGGCGACUCGCAAGUAUCAGUUCUAGAUCUAAAUAGAACACAAGGGAAAGGUCGUGUUACUUUCUUUGAAGAUAAGCCUCAUGUGAGAGGGAUCAUUAACAACAUAGUUUUUCCACCUUGGGAGGAUACCUGUUUUGUCACUGGUGGCAGUGAUCAUGCUGUUAUAAUCUGGAAAGAGACAGAUGCGGAGAAUGUAUGGAAACCAAAGACAUUGCAUAGGAAUAUGCAUUCAUCUGCUGUUAUGGGAGUAGCCGGGAUGUUCCAAAAGCAGAUGAUACUAUCAGCUGGAGCGGACAAGAGAAUUGUUGGGUUUGAUGCUAACACGGGAAGAGCAGAGUUUAAGCAUCAGAUAGAAAGCAAAUGCAUGAGUGCCUUGCCAAAUCCUUGCGACUUUAAUCUCUUCAUGGUUCAAUCAGGGACGCAUGAGAAGCAGCUCCGACUAUUUGAUAUCAGACUGAGGCAAACAGAAAUCCAUGCUUUUGGGUGGAAGCAAGAGAGCAGUGAAUCUCAGUCAGCUCUGAUCAAUCAGGCCUGGUCUCCAGACGGCUUAUACAUCUCAUCUGGUACCGCAGAUCCAUUGAUCCACAUAUUCGAUAUCAGAUACAACGCCAACAAGCCUUCUCAGUCUAUAAGUGCUCAUCAGAAACGGGUUUUCAAAGCUGUAUGGCUCCACUCAUGCCCCCUUCUCAUUUCCAUAUCUUCUGAUUUGAACAUUGGUUUACACAAAACCACGUAGACAGUACAACGUUCCAGCUAGCAGAUACUACUGGCCCGGAAAAGAUCUGUUACUUGUUUUCAAGAGUAACGACUUUACGUAGGGCAUUUUUGUAAGAAUCGAGUGUAGACAUGCUGUCGAGAUGGCGGAGAAUUGUAAGUAGUUUUUCCGACGGGACGUUGCUGCUAAGUGAAUUUUGAUUUUUGAGUGUGUUGGAUGCAAAUUUCUUUGAGGAAAUGGAAGAUAUGAUGCACUGCUUCUGUUGAAAUCAUCUGUAACCAUCAUCUCAUACACGACAUGUCGUUCAUUGACAAAAUUGGGCUCAUGGACCGGAUGAUGGAUAUUCCGGCAGUCCAAAGUUUGCAUUAUUUGAAAGGGUUGUGGUCUUUACUCACUUUUAACCUUUAACACGUCCUUAUUGAUAUUU